AUGUCCACCGCGACCUUUUCUCACGCUGCUCAAGCGCGCAUCCAGAAGCCUAUCAACGCAGCGCUCUUCCAGCUCUCCGUCACGGCCAACAAAGCCCACAAUCUGACGCAAGGCCGAUCCAAAGUUCUUUCGUACGUCUCUUCCAAUCCAAGUGUCAACCUCAUCGUCCUUCCAGAAAUUUGGCAGUCCCUCUACGGCACGCAGCACUUUGCAACGUAUGCCGAAGACUUUGGAGGUCUGUGGGGCAAGAUCAAGGGUCAGACUAGCUCGAGGGAGCAAGGUGUAGAGAGAAGCGAGAGGAGAUGGAGCAUCGACAAUGAGAAUAGCGCGGGCGCAGUUGAGCUGGGCGAAGAUUGCAAGAGCGAAAGCCUGUUGAUGUUGAGCAAAUUAGCAAAGGAGACGGGUUGCGUCGUCGUUGGUGGGAGCAUACCGGAGAGGGAAGAUGACAGGCUCUACAACACGGCAAGCGUCUUUGACGAGAAAGGUCAGAUAGCAAACGUUCCUCUCUGCAUCUUUCUUACCCCCUUGCACACACUGCUGUCUAACGCUCGUCUUCAUCCGCCAUACCUGCCCCGUUCUAGGCCGAAUCAUCUCGCUCUUCAGAAAGGUGCACCUGUUCGAUAUCGACGUGCCAGGCAUGAAAUUCCAAGAAUCCCUGACGCUGUCGCCAGGCGAUCAGGUGACUAUGUUUGACUGCUGUGCGUGAGCAUAGCUCUGGGCGAGUCCAGCGAUACAUAACUGAUCAGCUACUUGUCUGUGCCCUCGACAGCGCUGGGAAGGUUCGGCCUGGCUAUAUGCUAUGAUAUGCGGUUCCCGGAGCUGGCGCAGAUCGCAUCGAGGGCCGGAGCAUGCGGGAUGAUCUACCCGGGUGAGCUGCGCAUCACGCCUCGACACCCAGAAGCGCUCGCUGCCUCUCACUAUUUUGCUCGUCGGCGCGUCCCCCCUUUUCCUUGCACAAUGACAGGCGCUUUCAACACAACCACAGGUCCUCGAUCCUGGGAGCUUCUACUCCGUGCACGAGCAGCCGAUAAUCAGCUGUACGUCCUAGGCUGCUCCCCUGCUCGUCCACCCGCUCGCGAUCUAGAAGUAGAAAAGUAUUACCCUGCGUGGGGUCACAGUACGGUCGUCGAUCCCUGGGGCACCGUCUUGGCCACGACCGACGAGACGGAUAGCGUAGUGACGGCAAAGUUGGAAAAGGAGAUUGUGGAAGCUUGCAGGAAGGGUUUGCCUGUGAGCACUCAACGUGAGUCUUUUUGUAUGCCUCGGAAACGCACCUGCGCUCAAUUGACAAUGCGUCGCUCUGGUGUCUGUUCAACGUGAUUGAAUAGGUCGCUUUGAUCUGUACGCUGACGUCUCGCGAGAGGGCCCCUCAGGCAAGGGCGAGGCGCCGCGAUAA